AUGGCUUCAAAUUCUCAAUCUCAACUUGCUACAAUUACUAAGAAAAUACAAGGAGCAUCCAUCAGUAGGAAGUUUCCUAUGCCUGUUAGAAGAACUAUCAACACCGUUGAGGAGGUCAUAGCAGCGGCAACUAAGUGGUCUAAUAGUCUUAUUGGGAAAAUAAUUGAGAAAAAUACUUUGGAUUUCAAGAAAAUUAAGAAAGAUAUCAGUAUACAGUGGAGAAUGUACAACAAGUGUGAGAUAAAAACAAUGGGUACAAAUUUGUUUGUUUUCAAGUUUGAAAAGGAAGGUGCUGCGGAAGAGAUCAUGAAACAAGCUCCAUGGGAAGAUAUGGAGUAUCUGAUGAUUCUUCAUGAUUAUGAUUCUGCGAAAGAUGUGUCAGAGUAUGACUUCACACACCAAAUAUUUUGUGUGCAGUUCAGGAACUUGAAAUUGGAGCAUUUAGAUGAUGAUUUGAUCGAUAAGAUGUGCAAGGAGAUUGGUAAGAAGAUGGAAGAGGACCCAGAAGAUGCAAGGCCUAAAUUGAGCAAAUUACUGAAGGCUAAUGUGGAAGUUGAUAUUACAAAGCCACUGAGAAGAGGUACAUGGGUGCUCACAGCAAAUUUAGAGGAAAAAUGGGUGGUUUAUCACUAUGAGAAACAACCUAGAAAGAUCUGUCCAAAAUGUUUCGUUCUUCAACAUGAUGCUGAGCGUUGUGAGGAGUAUGAAGAUCAACAUAGAGUUCUAACAAUGACAACAGAACAAUGGAAUGGACACUAUGAAAAGAAUAACAUCUCAUAG